AUGGUUAAUCAAUCCAGGUCCGAUAUUUCUCAACUCCUUCCUUAUGGCCGCUUUCCGGAGGCACUUCCUAAGGCGAAGCAUUUCUAUGAAGAUGCAAAAAGGUUAUCGGCUUACGAUCAGGUCGAGUACUUCUGCACAUCCAUCUUGCAGAAUUUUUCUCCUUUAAAUUAUCAAAGUGAUGUUCUCCUCCUACCGGAAGAAACUAAAAAAGCAAUGGCCGGAUUGAUAUUUUCGGCAUCAAGAAUCGGCGAGCUUAAGGAGCUUCAAAAUAUAAGGAGCUUGUUCGUUCAAAGAUUUGGGGUUCAGUUUGACAAAGAUUGUGUAGAUUUGCGUCCAGGGAACCUCGUGAGUUCGGAGAUAGUUCAGAUUCUAGACACGACGAUGCCGCAAGAUGCAAUUAGUCCAGAGAUUCUAAUGGGAAUUUCCCAAACCAACAUUACUGCUUCUGUGGAAUUAAGUGAAAUUUUUGCUUCCAAUGAUAAUCUUGGCAUUGCCGAUUCUAAUGCGGUGAAGAUAGAGAAACCGAAAACUGUUGUUGGGAGAGAAAAACUAAUGAAGGAGAACUCGAAGUUUCAGCAUUCAAAUCUUGGAGAGUCGCGAGGAAGAGAUCGAUCAUCGUUCAUGAGAUAA